AUGGCAUUGAGAAACCCAGCUAGAGAUUACUUGGUCUCUAUGAUCGGUGAACUAGUUGGAACUUUUCUGUUCCUCUUCUUCGCAUUUGCUGCAGCACAAACGGCGAACCAAUCCAACGGAACUAAGUCUCUAACACCCAACGCGACUGAUACAUCAAAACUGUUAUAUAUUGCACUUGGAUUUAGUGCUAGUCUUGCAGCAAACGUUUGGAUUUUUUUUCGUGUCAGUGGGGGGCAGUUUAACCCGGCCGUCACUCUCGCACUCGUGCUUAUUGGGGCAGUGUCUCCUACGAAAGCAUUGAUACUUAUACCUGCUCAACUUGUCGGUGGAAGUUUGGCUGCUGCGGCAGUCAAAGGCAUCAUACCUGGUGACGACAUACUUUUUGCAGUAUCACUUGGACCAGGUGUUACAGAUGUUCAAGGCUUAUUUAUGGAACUCCUUUUAACCUUUAUGCUUGUAUUCACAAUCCUCAUGCUCGUUGCCGAAAAGACAAAGUCUACAUUUGUCGCACCUAUCGGUAUUGGGUUUUCACUUUUCGUCGGCCACCUUGUCGGUAUAUUUUGGACAGGAGCAGGAAUCAAUCCUGCCCGAGCAUUCUCACCAGCCCUUGUUCAAGCUUCAUUCCCAACUUAUCAUUGGAUUUACUGGCUUGGUCCUGCUCUAGGAGCUUCCCUUGCUGCAUUAUUGUACUUGGCACUGAAAGCAAUGAAGUAUGAAUUGGUUGGCGGGGAUGCGGAUAAAGAAAAACGGGAGGAGGGCUUAACCAUGCAGCAAGCAGACCUUAUUAUUGAAACUCUUCGCGGAUUGCCCAGAGCGAUACAAGGAUCCGGAGCUUUAGAUCAAUAUGAAGGUACAUCUAAAGGUCAAUUUUCUCCCACAGAUUUGGAGAGGGGGUUCGACGUCAGAAUCUUGAUGGAUGAUCCGAACAUUCGGAAGAGUCGAUUUGGAUCUCCUGAUUCUACGCAUUCACCAACCUAG